CGGAGCUUCACUUUAGAAAGUGUCUCUUGACGAGUCUAUCCGGUUCGUGUGCUUAUCUUUCAGGAAACGUAUAAUAUUAUAAAGUGAAGAGAGUUACGAACUGAGCGUUUAUUUAAGUUUUUUAAAUCGCAAUUAAGAUACUGUUGACAAUCAAUAACAAUCGAUCUGUUAAUAAUACUGUGCCAACUGUGAUUGUGUGCAGAAAACUAAACGACAACGUAUUUGACCUCAAGUGAUCCAUAACUAUUCGGGGACUAAUUUAUCGGAAAUUUUAUUGAACUCAAAUAUACACACACACAUUAGUGCAGAGAAAUGGAUUAUUCUUAUUUCAUGACGGAGGUUGCCAAAUGUAGGAGGCCCGCCACAACGCGGGAGCUAACUAAAAUAGCGUACUCUGCGCCGAAAAGCACCAUCUCCUUAGCAGAGGGAAUGCCCAAUGAAGAAACGUUUCCAUUCACAGAAAUUUCAGUCAAACUCUGUGAUGGUUCGUCCUUCACUCUUGAUGAUGGCGAGUUAGCUGCCGCUCUCCAGUAUAUACCUACGCAGGGUUACCCUCCUCUUUUGCAGGCCCUGAGGGAAUUCCAGAGAAGGGCACACGCGCCACCCUUAUGGGAGAGUCGCGACAUAGUCGUCGUUUCGGGGUCUCAGGAUGGGCUUAGUAAAGCUCUGGAGGCUAUAAUCGGCACUGGUGAUCCGAUUUUAGUCCCUGACCCUUUCUAUCCUGGCGUCGAAGUUGUGGUAUCACCUCACAAAGCGGAGUUUAUAAUGAUUCCGCAAGACGACGAUGGUCCCAUUCCGGAAAUACUACGGGAAACCUUGAGAAACCGAGAGCUUUCCGGUGGAAAAAUGCCGAAACUAAUGUAUAUAAACGCCACAGGUACAAAUCCUACCGGUAUCAUCAUACCGCUGGAAAGGCGAAAGGAAAUCUAUAGGAUAGCCUGCAAGUACAAUUUCUUACUUCUCGACGACGAUCCUUAUCAUUUCAUGCAUUUUGACAAGGAAGAGCCCAAGUCUUUCUUAUCACUCGAUACGGAAGGUCGAGUAAUUAGAUUGGACUCAUUCUCGAAAGUAAUCAGCAGUGGUAUUAGAAUAGGCUUUGUGACUGCCGCAGCUCCGUUGAUAGCCUCCAUAGAGCUCCAUUUGCAGAGCAGUCAUCUCCAUGCUCCUACCUUAUCGCAGGUGAUAAUAUACAAGCUGUUGAAGGUCUGGGGUUAUGAAGGCUUGAUGCAACAUUACAUGAGAUUGAGGCGCUAUUACAAAGAACGAAGAGAUGUUAUCUCGACGUUGGCACACAAGCACUUGAACGGUCUGGCGAAUUUCAACGUACCGAGAGGUGGAUUCUUUUUAUGGAUCAAAGUACCAGGAAUCAAAGAUACAUGGAGAAUGAUGCAGCGGGGUGUGACGGAAGGUGUUAUUAUGGCUCCAGGAGCUGCAUUUAUGAGAGACCCCACGAAAUGCUCUAAUGCCAUCAGAGCAAGUUUUACCAAGGCUUCCUACGAAGAAAUGAACCUGGCAAUGGAACGAUUGGCGCAAUUAAUUCGUGUGGAGUUAACCGAAAAUUACAUCGAAAAUGUCGAUACGUGAUAAUGUAUUUGUACACAUAUAUAUAUGUAUCUAUAUAUAUGAAUUAUAUAUAUUUGUACAUGACUACACGGUUGAUAUUGAAGCUAGCACAAAGAUCAGUUGGUAAUAAAAUAGAGAGUUAGGACUGGAAAGAUAUACUAUGAAUAAUUGUUGAGUGAAAAUUAUUGAAUGCUAAAAGAUAAAAGGAAAUGUAACCAGGGACCGAUAGAAUUGUACAAGUUCUAUUAAAUUGAUAUAAUUUAUAUAUUUUCAUCGGUUUCAGAACUCGUAGAAUGUAGAACGUAGUCUUGAGUUUCGUUAACAGAGGACAUUGCAUCACUAAAACAGCUAUUUUGCACGCAUUAAAUUUAACGACAGUUAAAAUUUUAAGAAUUU